AUGGUUACCGUACUAUCGAUGAUCCUGCGGAAGAAUACACAAAUAAUAAUUUAUUGCUCCAGGGACCGGUAUAUCUCAGUGACCAUGAUAUACCUAUUGAUGCAAGCAGCGAAUGGAAUCCACUCGAAUAUUAACCAUCUACAUGCGGCAACACAUUUAAAACACCCCAAGGGGGCGCUGCUGCAUCGCUUUGGACAUGUCCUCAUACAAGGCUGCCGUUACAACUAA